AUGGGCGCCUGCCUGUCCUCCUCCAAGCAGGAGGCCGACGCGGAGCGCCUGCUCGGCCACGGCCAGUUCGGCUACACCUUCGCCGCCGUCGACCGCCUCUCCGGGGACCGCGUCGCCGUCAAGCGCAUCGACAAGGCCAAGAUGACCCGACCUGUUGCUGUGGAAGAUGUAAAGAGAGAAGUGAAGAUUCUUAAAGCCCUUAAAGGCCAUGAGAACAUUGUUCACUUCGACAAUGCAUUCGAGGACGAUUCAUAUGUGUAUAUUGUGAUGGAACUUUGUGAAGGUGGUGAACUAUUGGACCGGAUUUUGGCAAAAAAAAACAGCCGCUAUAGUGAGAAAGACGCUGCAGUGGUGGUGCGGCAGAUGCUCAAAGUGGCUGCUGAGUGUCAUCUGCGUGGGUUAGUCCAUCGAGAUAUGAAGCCUGAGAACUUCCUUUUCAAAUCAACCAAGGAGGACUCGCCUCUGAAGGCAACAGAUUUUGGUUUGUCAGACUUCAUAAAACCAGGGAAGAAGUUCCGUGAUAUAGUUGGCAGUGCCUAUUAUGUUGCACCAGAAGUAUUAAAACGGCGGUCUGGACCUGAGUCGGAUGUUUGGAGCAUAGGAGUUAUAACUUACAUUUUGCUCUGUGGGAGGCGCCCCUUUUGGGAUAAAACAGAGGAUGGCAUAUUCAAGGAGGUUCUAAGAAACAAGCCUGAUUUCCGUAAGCGACCUUGGCCAAGCAUCAGUUCAAGUGCUAAAGAUUUUGUUAAAAAAUUACUGGUGAAGAACCCAAGGGCGAGAUUGACAGCAGCUCAAGCUCUCUCACAUCCAUGGGUGAGAGAAGGAGGAGAUGCAUCUGAGAUCCCUGUCGAUAUAUCUGUGUUGUAUAACAUGCGCCAAUUUGUCAAGUACAGCCGUUUUAAGCAAUUUGCGCUGCGGGCAUUAGCAAGUACAGUCAAUGAGGAAGAGCUAGCGGAUCUAAAGGACCAAUUCGAUGCUAUUGACGUUGAUAAAAGUGGAUCAAUUAGCAUUGAAGAAAUGCGGCAUGCCCUUGCGAAGGAUCUUCCUUGGAGAUUGAAGGGCCCUCGUGUUCUUGAGAUCAUUCAAGCGAUCGACAGCAACACGGAUGGCCUUGUCGAUUUCAAAGAGUUUGUUGCGGCAACUCUCCACAUACAUCAGAUGGCUGAGCUGGACUCUGAAAGGUGGGGCCUGCGCUGCCAAGCUGCUUUCAGCAAAUUUGAUCUGGAUGGUGAUGGAUACAUCACCCCCGAUGAACUUAGAAUGCACACGGGCUUAAAGGGAUCCAUCGAGCCAUUGCUGGAGGAGGCCGACAUCGACAAGGACGGGCGGAUAAGCCUGUCCGAGUUCCGCAAGCUCCUCCGAACCGCGAGCAUGAGCAACCUGCCGAGCCCGUCCGGAGUUCCGAAUCCCCAGGCUCUGUGA